AGUGUUCCAGGUGAAUCAAGAGGUUUCACAAGAUUCUCCUGCCAGCACUCUCAUGAAGAGCUUUGCCUGACAUAUUCCUGUCUCAUCCAACACUAGUAUUUUAUUAACUUUGAAAUGAGUGCUGAGCAAAAGAGCCUACCUGUGGGUGAUGUGGACUCCAUCAUUGAAGCCAGUGAGAGGGAUUGGACUGAGGUGUCUGAAGAAUAUCGCAUCCUUCAGGACAUACACCAAGAAUAUAUCACAAAGCUGGAGGAGCUGUCAGAACUGCAAGGGAGAUGUGAAAAGGAGCUGAAGCAUCAGCGAUAUAGACUUGGCCAGAUCAAGUCCAGUCUGAAAAAGGUUAAAGGAAGUGAGAGUAAUGAAAGAAGGGAGAACCUGGAGAAGGACAUUAUGCGAAGGGAGGCUCAGUUGACCAAAGUUCAAGGGAGCCUUCCUCAACCGAAUGGGAGAUAUCUUUCUGUCAUUUUAGGAUCAGUGAAUGUUUCCAUCAUUAACAGAGACCAUAAGUUCAGAUACAAGGAGGAAUACGAGAAGUUCAAGCUCACAGUGACUGUCAUUGCCCUGGUAAUUGCUACAAUAGGGCUCUUCACCAAUUACAGGGUUUUGGAUUUGGCCUUCACAUUCCUGCUGGUGUGGUAUUACUGUACAUUGACAAUUCGAGAGAGUAUCUUGAUUGUGAAUGGAUCUCGGAUCAAGGGCUGGUGGAGGACACAUCACUUCUUAUCCACAGCCAUUGCUGGAAUCCUCCUCAUCUGGCCUGAUGGAGAGCCAUAUCAACUUUUCCGCCGUCUCUUCAUGGCCUUCAAUGUCUACAUCGGCAUUGUUCAGUAUCUGCAAUACCAAUAUCAGAGGGGUUGUCUAUAUCGGCUGCACUCCCUGGGUUAUCGUCCCACAAUGGACAUCACAAUCGAAGGCUUUCAUUCCUGGAUGUGGAUGGGGCUCUCCUUUCUCCUUCCUUUCCUCUACAUUGGAUACUUCUUCCAGCUCUACCUUUCCUAUACUCUCUAUGUUUUGAGUGGACAUCCUGAGGCUCCUUGGCAGGUGAAAAAACAUUCUGGCUUCUUUAACUCUUAUACUCCUCUGUCUGCAGGAGCACUAAGAUAUAGAUAUACUCUUAUAAGACUGUAUACUGGGUGA